CGACAGAGUUAGCUCUCGUUCCAUUGCUUUUCUUCAGACAUAGGAAUUCUCCGGUUGGAACAUUAGGAUGUUUUUAACAUAAAACAAUAAUAAAGAUUGAUUCCAUAUAUCGUUUGACUUGUUUCUACGACCUGUAACAGAACUUUGAGUUUUUGUCUGGACGAAGAGCUCACGCCUCAUGAAGAUGGAUUACUAGGCUGAACACGCUAACAACAAGUGGCUAUUUGGCCAUAAAUUAUGGACUUUAUGGAACAAAUCAGUCAUUUAUUGUCGAACUGGGAUUCAUGGGAGUGCCUUCUGAUCAAAGGUUAUUUCUAACUUCUGUUGACUCCAAAAUGGCGGAUAUUUCUCUUGCUGGAUUGGGCUCCGAGCACUGUUCUCAGAUUAUGCUUUUUCCGUAAAGUUUUUUUGAAAUCUGACACAGUGGUUGCAUUAAGGAGAAGUCUGUCUUUAAUUCUGUGAAUAACACUUGUAUCUUUUAUCAAUGUUUAUUAUGAGUAUUUCUGCAAACUCACCGGAUGUUUUGGAAUGAAAACAUUACUGCACGUAACGCGCCAAUGUAAACUGAGAUUUUUGGAAAUAAAUAAUCACAUUAUCGAACAAAACAUACAUGUUUUGUGUAACAUGAUGUCCUAUGAGUCAUCUGAUGAAGAUCAAAGGCAGAGGCUAUAAGCAGGUGUUGUUGGUGGAUGGAGAGAGUGAUGCGAGACAGUGGAGACAGCUUGGCACAGAACCACUGGACCAAUGAACUGACACUGGCAGGGGAACCUGAGACAGUCAGACAGGAGGCCACUGGACCAGGAUAUCUGGUGGACUCCAGAACGCCUCACCAUGUCCAUGGAAGUUCCAUGCAUUUCAAGCUAGGGCGGCCUGAGGAGGAAGCUAGCAUGUGGGGCAUGGAAGAACAUAUGGAUAUGGACCCCGAAGAGGAUAAGGAGGAGGAUUUCAGUUGGGAAGAACCAGGAGAGGAUGAUUGGACUGCACCACUUCUAUCGCCAUCACAUAAUCAGAGUAGAUCCACAGCCAGUGACUCUGGUAGCCCCUCACAAAUAAAAACACAGCCCAAUGGGUUCAGGAUGCGGAGGCUGCUGCGCUGGUAUAGACUCAGUAGGACUGUGAACCGCAACACUCGCUUGGCCCUGCAUUGGAGGACAUGGUGCCAGCUGGCUAAAUGGGCUGGGUCUUUGGGCCUGGGGUACAGGCGAGCUAGGCCUAGGAGGUGGCACCUCGGGAGCAGGAACAAACAUCUCCACAACAGACGGAAGCCAGGAAGAUCCUAUCUGCAUGGGGGAACUCAGGGCUGCUUUAAGGGAAGGGAAGAUAUAGAGGCUGGAGAUGACCCUUGGGUGUGUGGGACAAAUGGACACAUAGGGAAUGAGGUGGCGAGUAAUGCAGCCAAGGUUGGGGACAGGGACGGGCUGGGCUUCCGGGAAUCUCCUGUAAGCCUGCCAACCAUCCACAGGGAUAAACCACCACCUCAGCAGCAACUCAGCAGUGAACACAUCUCCUGUGUACAAGGUAUGUUGAAUGAAUUCCUGCACCAGUACGGGAGCAUGAUCCCUAUCCAUGUGGAUGAGGUGGUGGACAAGCUACAGGAAAUCUUCCCCAGCAAGAGCUUCUCCGAGCCCCACAGGAAAGUUGUUGUGCAGCACCUCAUCCAGUCUUACCAGCGUCUGUCUGGGACUGCCAUGGUGAGGGGGUUCCGUGUCAACUACAAGCGCCACACCCUCACAAUGGAUGACCUCAGCACAUUGUAUGGACAGAACUGGCUCAACGACCAGAUCAUGAACAUGUAUGGGGAUAUGGUUAUGGACACAGUCCCAGAAGAGGUUCAUUUUUUCAACAGCUUUUUUUACGACAAAUUAAGGACAAAGGGCUAUGACGGGGUCAAACGGUGGACAAAAAAUGUGAACAUUUUCCAGAAGAGGCUACUGUUGAUCCCUAUCCAUCUGGAGGUGCACUGGUCUCUGGUGUGUGUGGACGUCCCACAGCGCUCCAUCACAUACUUCGACUCCCAGCGCACCCUCAACCGCCGCUGCCCAAAGCACAUUGCAAAAUACUUACAAGCUGAGGCAAUCAAGAAAGAGCAGAAGGAUUUUAUCACAGGGUGGAAGGGUUUCUUCAAAAUGAACGUGGGCAGGCAGAACAAUGACAGCGACUGUGGAGCAUUUGUCCUCCAGUACUGUAAGUGCCUAGCCUUAGAGCAGCCUUUCUGUUUUGGCCAGCUGGAUAUGCCAAAGCUAAGGAGACUCAUGUACAAAGAGUUGUGUCAUUGCAAGCUCUCACUGUGAGUUUGAAUGAAAGAACUAUCGUAGAACGAAAGACGUAGACUAUUCACCCUUCCCUUCCCCCAGCUCUCUUGGCAGAUAUGUUUUUUACAAGAUGGACAUUGUUGCAUUUUUAUUUUCUUGCUCACAUCCACUCACUCUUUAUAUCUGUUUAUUUUCCUUUUUGAUACAAGUAAACUGUACUCCUAUGAGGACACUAAACAAAAGAACGGUUGUUGCACUUAGGAUGUGAUGUAGGAGAUUAUUAUAAUAUUUUUUUAAAGAUAUUUUACCAUAUUUUACUUUUUCUCCCCAAUUUCGUGAUAUCCAAUUGCGCUCUUGUCUCAUCACUGCAACUCCCUAACGGGCUCGGGGAGGUGAAGGUCGGGUCAUGCGUCCACCGAAACAUGACCCGCCAAAUUGCUCUUCUUAACACCCGCCCGCUUAACCCGGAAGCCAGCCUCACCAAUGUGUCGGAGGAAACACCAUUCAACUGAUGAUCAAAGUCAGCCUGCAGGUGACCGGCCCACCACAAGGUGUCGUUAAGCGCGAUGAGCCAAUAAAGCCCCCUGGCAAAACCCUCCACUAAUAUGAACGACCCUGGGCCAAUUGUGCUAUCCUAAUGGGACUCCCAGUCACGGCCGGUUGUGACACAGCGUGGGAUAGAACACUGCUCUGUAGUGACGCCUCAAGCGCUGCGAUGCAGUGCCUUUAGACCGCUGCGCCACUUGGGAGGCCAUGCGAGAUUAUUUUUUGGUCCUUGAUGUUGUUGGGGGAUAGCCAGGGGUAUAGUGUUGAAAAUAAAAUAAAUGAAAGUUAAGUCUUGAUGAAGUGUUGAUGGAUCACACCCUUAUUUUCAGUUGAUUUGUAUUCAUUUUUAGGGAAUAUGGUUUGUGGUCCAUUUAGUUUUUGGCGAAUUAAUAUUUCCUAUUAGAUGACAAGAUAAUUGAUUUAUUUUUGAUUUGAAUCUGAAAUCAUUCAACACAAACGGUUUUGUUUUGUCUAAAGGAAAUAUUAAUUAACGAGAAAAUUAAUGAUUUGAUUAUUCAAAUGUUGUGUUUUUAAUUAUUGGUUCUCGUUCAGCCUGUGCACCAGUACGUUUUGGCCAAUGAAUAGUCGUGGCUUGCUGACAACACAAAUUAUAAAUGGGUCGUUCCUCAUGUUUUUGAUUUGACAUAUGUAAUCGAAUAAAUGGAUAAACGUUUA